UGAGUGGGGAAAUUCCGCUGGAGAGUGGAAACUUGAAGGCUGCAACACGCAUUGAUCUGUCAAAUAAUUCUUUUUCUGGUAAGAUUCCUAGUACUCUAGGGAGUCUAGAUAAAUUGAUUAAUCUUUCUCUAGCACAUAAUAGAUUAGAGGGGCCUAUUCCUGAAUCAUUUGGCAAAAUGUUAUCCUUGGAAUACUUGGAUUUGUCCUAUAACAAUCUUAGUGAUGAAAUUCCAAAGUCAUUAGAAGCUCUUGUGUAUCUCAAACACAUGAAUUUCUCAUUCAAUAAACUCAGUGGAGAAAUUCCCACAAGUGGUCCCUUUGCAAAUGUCACCAGUCAAUCUUUCUUGUCCAAUGAUGCACUUUGUGGUGACUCCCGAUUUAACGUAAAACCAUGCCUAACCAAAUCUACAAAGAAGUCAACAAGAAAACGAGUGCUUACAGGUUUAUAUAUUCUAUUAGGGAUUGGAUCACUCUUCAUGUUGGCUGUUGGAUUUGUGGUGUUAAGAUUGAGAAACACAAAGAAGAGUGCAAGCCAAAAAGAUGUGUCUCUCGUAAAAGGGCAUGAAAGAAUUUCAUAUUAUGAACUUGAACAGGCAACUGAAGGAUUCAACGAAGCCAACUUGCUUGGUAAUGGGAGUUUCAGCAUGGUUUAUAAAGGGAUACUUAAGGAUGGUAUCAUUUUUGCAGCAAAGGUAUUCAAUGUGCAAUUGGAGGGUGCAUUCAAAAGUUUUGACACGGAAUGUGAGAUACUCCGUAACCUUCGCCACAGAAAUCUGACCAAAGUCAUAACCAGCUGCUCCAAUCUUGAUUUCAAGGCCCUAGUGUUGGAAUACAUGCCCAACGGGACACUUGAUAAAUGGUUAUACUCUCACAACUUGUUCUUGAACUUAUUGCAGAGACUGGAUAUAAUGAUAGAUGUUGCAUCUGCAGUGGACUAUCUCCACAAUGGCUAUUCAACGUCUGUGGUGCAUUGUGACUUGAAGCCAAGCAAUGUCUUGCUCGAUGAAGAAAUGGUUGCUCAUGUAAGUGAUUUUGGCAUUGCAAAAAUGUUAGGUGCAGGGGAGGCUUUUGUGCAAACAAGGACAAUUGCAACCAUUGGAUAUAUUGCUCCAGAGUAUGGACAAGAUGGCAUAGUAUCCAUGAGUUGUGAUGUUUAUAGUUUUGGCAUCCUGAUGAUGGAGACCUUCACACGAAUAAGACCAAGUGAUGAAAUAUUUACUGGAGGCUUGAGCAUACAACGUUGGAUUAGUGAUUCCUUUCCGGGUGAACUUCACAAGGUGGUGGAUUCUAAUUUGGUACAGCCAGGAGAUGAACAAAUCGCUGCAAAGAUGCAAUGUUUGUUAUCUAUCAUGGAAUUAGCUUUGAACUGCACUUUAGUGAGACCUGAUGCAAGAAUUAGCAUGAAAGAUGCUCUUUCAACACUUAGAAAGAUCAGGCUUCAAGUUUGUUAG